GCAGGUCAGCUUGCUCUGGACGCGAGUUCACUUGUGCAGAGCUUAUCAUGUUUCGGGUCAAAGGUGCAUGUGCCCACGAUUUUUUUAUUCAUUCCUUUAUACUUAAUUUUCAUGAUAUCCCACUCUAAACGCCAAACAGUGUGACUACUAUCUCCUCUGGUUGCUGGCGUUGCUGAAAACGCGCCUCUGUUUCCUGCCUGUGACGUGUUCACUGCUUGAUUUCUGUCAGCCCUCCCAUAAGAAACGCCACGUGACCUGUCAAGUAGGAAGUGUCGAGCUAUUGGGCAGCAACAGCAGGAGCAGCAGCCACCAGAAACACACGACGGAGAAAGAGCCGCGCAGUACCUCCAACACUCUUUUUCUCGACGUUUCCUUCCGCAGACUCGUUUGUCCUCUUGAAACAGGCCGAAGUGUUAGUCGUCCGCAGUCAUGUACCUGAAGGUGGUCUUUUUCUCGGUCGCUGUGGCGCUGAUUGGCGUCGCGGUCGCCGCGGACCCAGAUGGAUGUGCCUCUCUGUCAUGUGAGGAAUGUGGAGCCAAUAGUGAGUGCCAGUAUGUUAACUGCACAACAUCACUAAGGUGUCGCAACAUGACUCUUACUGGAGACAACGAAACCUGCAGCAACGUUAGCUGUUCUGCUUCUGGGUCCCAAACGUCUCCGUCUCCAACUACCAAUGUUUCUACGACUACUCACCCCCCCACUACAGCCCCCCAUACCUCUGCUGUCAGCACUACCACUAACAGCAAUACCACAGACAACACAACAGUUGUCACUGUCACGACUCCUACUGCUGCCAACGUCUCCAUGUCCACAACUGCAGCCUCCCCUUCAACUGGACCCAGCACAGUCGGCCCCACACCAGCCCCCUCUCAGAAAAGCUCCACCUUUGAUGCCGCGAGCUUCAUCGGCGGAAUAGUGCUGGUCCUGGGCCUGCAGGCCGUCUUCUUCUUCCUCUACAAAUUCUGCAAGUCCAAGGACCGUAAUUAUCAUACCCUUUGAAGUGGCUGCACUGUAGGAUCCACAUCAUUCAACUUGUCCCCACCACAUUGACCCUUCCAGAGAAAACUCCCCACUCAGCACGCUCUCAUCAGGGUGGACUUGAACAGUGUUUCUAAUAAUUGUCUUUUGGUAGUAUAUUUAUAUAUUUGUUUUUUUUUUUGUCCAUGCUGCGUCACUGCUGCCGUAAAAGUGUUCAUAAAGGCAGCCAUGCAUGCCUGUUUGUAUGCCUGCUCAACUUCACAGAUCUGACUGACAGGCAUUUAGGUCUCGAGCAGAUGGAUUACAUCACCUGGUAGCUACCCCCACCUCCAUCAUGUUGUUAGUCAUUCUGCAAAAAGCAUUUUCCAGCAUAGCGAGCUGGCUUGUGUUAUUUACAGCCCUUCUCAUUGCUCCGUCAAUUAAAUGCACCACAUGAGAGUUAAAGAAUUGGUCUUGUAUAUAGAGAAGCUUUCCUGUUGAUGCGUGGAUUUAUACAAGUGGCAGAUUGCAUCAGAUCCCCUCCCCUCCUUUUUUUCCUUUUGAAUCCUACUUUGGAAACACUGUUUGAGUUCACUGCUAUUCUUAAAUGUGACUCCUGAUGAUUCAGUUGCUUUUAGCCUGGUAAAUUGUAGGUUUCCUCUCCUCCAUGCAGCUGUUUUGUGUAGAUGUGUUCUUUGGUGAUGUAAGAGAGGCAGGAUAACUUACUGACGGGGGGAGAAAAGCAGCAUCCAAUCAUCUGAUGUGGGGCAGAAAAGAAAGUGUCGCUCGAUGAGCGUCUCCCUCUGCAUUGAGGAGUGGCGUUUUUUCUUUCUUUCUGCUGUUCAGUUCUCCUGGGAAAUCUUUGCCCAAUACAAGAUGUUAAAAAUGUCAAACGCCACCUUCAGUAGGACAGCUCAAUGCAAUAAAUUAUUUAGGAGUUCAUUUGAGAACCACAAAUCUCUGAGCUAUUAUUUCCUAUCAUUAAAUCUGUCCUAUUCAGGAUGCAAAUGUGAAGCGGGUCCUUCUGUUCAGCAGAGUUGUUAAACGGGGAUCUAAGAGAAUGAAUGUAGAGUUUUUCUGAAAUAUGGGUGAUUCACUUGUUUGUGUGGAUAGAAAUUAAGGUUGUUAAAGAAUGGCCUGCACCUAUCUUGAUGUGGGCAGUGAAGUGCCUUUAAUGUCCAGUGCGAGUUAAAGCAAGUUGACUGCUGCUUAAUUCCUGGUUGUCAUUAGUUUCUGGUAAGGAAGUAACAGCAUGGCAGUGCUGAUUAUGGGUAAGAGUCCUAGUCCCAGCUGGACUGAUGAGCCUUUUUAUUGAUGAAGAAUACAGCAGAUGGCUAUAACUCAAAAGCCUCAAUCCCUCUGAAGGAGCCACUGGUGACUGGAAUGGUUCAUUUAAAUCUACAUUUGAUUUUCUUCGUAACAUUAAAAAACAUAAAAGCCCAAAUUCUCUUCCCACCACAUGGUUUCUGUUUCUGGCCUAAAGCGUGUUCACUACACAUGAACAGUGAGGCUGGCAGGAACUUUAUUAUUGGUGCAAUAAACCUGAAUGCACCUCUAUUUUUUUUUUUUUAAAGGAAUAGCAGGAACGAGGUUGCUGAGUAUUAAAGUGCAUUUCAGUUUAAAAAGAAAAAAGGAAAAAAAAAAUGGAGUGUUGGUUUUGUCAAAGAAGCACAGCACCUCUGAUCUGGCUUUUCAGUGAAAACGACAAAAGCGCAGAGAUGUAACAGCUUGGGGGGGGGGGCUGUGCCACGGCUCAUGCUCAGUCUUCUAAUUAGCUAGCUGCUAACUUUAAUAUUUUUUUCUUUCUUACUGUACAUUGCCAUGCCCUGUUUUGCUCAUCACCCAAAUUUCCUCCUAAGGAAAAGCAAAAUGAAGUGUUUGCCAUUUUUCUCCUAGUGGCUUGACUGCCGGGCAGGUUUAGUUCAGUUGUCUUUUCCCUCCACUAUCGCAUGCCAGAUGCUUGAAGUUGUGAUCUCUUUGUUUUUUUUCUGUUUUUGUUUGUUUCCAAUGCAUUUUCUCAUUGCGUACGCUGUUAGGAAUCUAGAUACACUCAAAAACCACUUGAUUAUUUGUGAUUAGCGCAUAUUCUAGUUAAAAGAAUGCCUUGAAACAGUGUGCAUUAAAGCCAAAGUCCUGAGUUUUGGCAUGGAAAUCGAGCAUUGCACUGAUGAGCUUUGUUUUGUAACUUUGCCUUUGUAAAUGUUUUUCAUGUUUCUGCAAAAAAAAGAGAAAAAAAAAUCAGAUGCUUGUACAAAUACUCCUAAAUAUUAAGAUGACUGCGUGACCACAAACGUUAAGAAAUCCAUGAAUGCAAACGGUUUGUUUUUGCUUGUAUAACUUGAAGUUGCAUGUUUUCUGCUGCUCACCAUGAACACGCCUUUUAACCUACAGUCACCUGGUGGCAUUAGGCUGCGGCCCAAAGACCCAAACGGAGCAGGCCGGCCCGAGUCUGGCCUCGGCUGCUCACUCUCUGCAUGUGGAGUCCCUUCACCCCAAUUAAGAGAAAUGUUUUGAAUGUUAUUCACAGCUGUUGAGUGGGCUGCUGUAUGUCUGAGUGCUCUGUUUUCAGCAUUGUAGCUGCAUUCCUUGAGAACACACCAUCACGUGUAGACAUUGUGGUGUCAUAACACCCGUCGGUAUCCAUGGAUACCUGUUGUCCAUUGUGUUGAAUCACUGCAGCUUCUACAAAUUGUCCGGUCUGUGCACCUCCUAAGGAAAAGUGCCUUAUUCAGUUUCUAUCCACAGUCAUUUGUGUUGUAGAAUUACACGCCACACGUACUGAAUAUUGAUAAGGCUCUUUCAGGCCCACCUGAAGUGGCUGCCUGUGAUGUUUUCAGCUUAAAUGUAUGUUUUUGUUUUGUUUUUCACACUCAGCCUUAACUUCUUGAUCAAACCCACAGACCAUUAGCAGGUGAUAAGCUCUCCAGGCUACGACUGGGCAGAAUUCAUUUCAAACGGGGAUAGCUUUCAUCAGCGUUUGAUGAAUAAGGAGCAAAUGCUGCUUGAAUAAUUAGUAUCAAAUGAAUGGAAAGGGUUUGGGUGUGAUGAAUGCCGUUUGUAGCCUGGACAUCCUUUCACCUGCUCUCUGUAAUCCAACUUGAUGGUAACGCUGUAACCGCAGACUUCUCUAUUGCAACACUUCCCCGCUUGAACAAGACUUUGGUUGUAAUUUGCAACGUGCUGCAUUUGAUGACUUGUUUUCAGUCUUUUAUUGUCUGGGAUUUUCAAAUUUACAAAUUCAAAUGUACUCGGUCAUGGAGGGCUCACCUUUAAGUUUUCAGCCUUGCAGUGUUCGAUUCAAAGAUUGAGUCAUUUUCCUUCCUUAGGCCUUGUGGCUUUAUUGCUAAGUGCACACUCUGUAAUGCUGUAUCUUUGACUCAUUCUUUAGUGCCCAUUAGUGUUGGUGUGGUACGAACUUUGGCUUUACUCUCACAAACAUACACAGAGCCAUAUGCACACACUUGACAGUGGUGCCACAAUGCCUCCUAAAAUGUUUUAUCUACCCCCCCGAUUUCUUUUUUCUUUUUGUGCCUCUCAAGCCUUUUAAUUUCUGCCUUGUUUUCUGUUGUUGCCUUUAGUUUCACAAUGUUAAGCCAAUAAAGUUUGAAUAUUGUUCAACAAA